AUGUUCGAGGCUCAGGACAAAGAGAAAGCUCUGCACACCACACAGCCAGAAGAGAUACCGGAAGUUGAAGUCGGAGAAGUCAAAGAUGUCAAGAAUGCAGAUGCUGCACUCGAUUUUCUGCGGUUCGAAGGCGACGGUGUGGAGAUGACGGCGGAAGAUGAAAAGGCUUUGGUCAGGAAGAUUGAUUGGAUGAUUAUGCCAUUGAUGUGGUGUUGUUAUGUUGCGCAAUACUUGGACAAGACGUUGAUCAAUUACGCGGCUGUGAUGGGAUUGUAUGAAGAUGCCAACAUCACCAAAGCUGAUUUUUCGAACUUGGCUUGGAUCUUCUAUGUCUCAUAUUUGGCCUUCGAAUUCCCUCAUGGCUACGGUAUGCAGCGCUUCCCCACUGCCAAAUAUCUCGGAGUCAUGGUAUUGCUCUGGGGCACCAUUGUCACAGUCACCGCGGCUUGCCACUCCUACGCUGGUCUCAUCACCACCCGUGUUCUUCUGGGUUGCUUCGAAGCUGCAGUUGCACCUUCACUCAUGCUCAUCACCACAAUGUGGUACAAGAAGAAUGAGCAACCUCCUCGCACUGGCAUCUGGUACCUAGGCACUGGCACCGGCACAAUCAUUGGCUCCUUACUGUCAUACGCAUUCCAACAUGUGCACAGCGCAUCUCUCUACUCCUGGCAAAUUCUCUUCUUGGUGGUGGGAUUGCUUACUAUCUGUAUUGGUAUCACCGUGGUGCUUGUGUUCCCUGAUAACCCAAUGACUUCUCGUCUUUCGCACCAAGAAAAGAUCUGGGCGAUUGAGAGACUCAGAGAAAACCAGACUGGUAUCGAGAAUAAGCAUUUCAAGUCUAAUCAAGUGGCCGAAUGCUUUAUGGAUCCACAGACUUGGUUGUUAUCGUUGAUUACCAUCUCUUCCUCGGUUCCUAACGGCGCGGUUUCCUCGUUCCAAGCGACCUUGAUCAAAGGCUUUGGCUACAACAGCAAGGAGACUGCUCUGCUCCAAAUUCCUGGAGGCGUCUGCAGUGUGGUUUCCAUUCUCAUUGCGACCUACUUGGCUGGAAGAUUUGAUCAGAGAGGCUUGAAUAUCGUUACUCUACUCAUUCCUGGUAUCCUUGGAGGUGCUCUGAUGGCGUUCUUACCAGAGGAAAACAAAGCAGGCAAGCUCAUCGGCAACUACUUGACAAACUGCAUUGGAGCAAGUCUGCCUUUGCUGUAUUCAUGGGUAGGAGCGAACUACGCCGGUCACACGAAAAAGGUCACCAUGAACGCCAUCCUCCUCAUCUCCUUCUGCUUGGGCAACAUAAUCGGACCCUUGACCUUCCGCGCCGCCGACGCGCCCACCUACAUCCCCGCCAAAAUCACCAUCAUUGUAACUUGCGCUACAGCUGCAGUUUUGGUGCUUAUACUCAGGGUAUACUAUCAGUGGGAGAAUAAGAGGAGGGAUAGAGUGGCGAGCGAAAGGGGUCAAGGACACAAGACGGAUAUUGAGUUUGCGGAUGUCACGGAUAGGAAGAAUGCGGAGUUUAGGUAUAGAUUGUAG